AUGAAGCUCCUCAUCCUCACCACCCUCCUCCCCACCACCCUCGCCACCCUCGACCCAAAAACCCUAAACCCAACCCACCUCUCCCUCCUCUCCGUCCUCCGAACCGGCAUACCCUCCUCCUUCUCCGCCGCGCUCCCAACCGCCAGCCAAGACCCGCAGUGGUACAUCGACCUCCCGCUUGACGUCAAAGAGCUGCUCCCACAGCUGUACCCCUUGUCCACUUCUACGUCCACUUCUCCAUCUCCAUCCGCCUCGACUGCGGCCGUGAGCGACGUCCCGCAGUUGCUUGAGAGCGAAACACCAACGUCGACGACCACACAACGCCUCACUUCGCGGACUACGACGGUUGUUACGAGGACGGUGGGGCGUGGGAAUGCGGGUACGGGUAUAGGUACGGGUAUAAGUGGGGGUGUGAAUGGGACGGGUGGUCUGGCUACGUCUACGUCUAGUUCGACGGCGACGGAGACGGCGGUGCCGUCUGGAUUGUUUUCCGCGGGCGCUGGGAGGGCGGUUGGGGUGGAGGUUUGGGCUGGGGUUUGCUGGGUUGGGGUUGGGGUUGGGUUUUUUGCUUUUGCGUAG